AUGGAGGAAGAAAGGCUACUAGAAAUAACGAUUCCUGGGACAAGGGAUGUUGAAGGCAAACACACAGAAUACGAGGUUGUGUGUAUCACUAACAGCAAAAGCUUCGAAAAGUGUUACACAAAGGCCUUUAGGCGAUACAGCGACUUCUACAAGCUUCACCGCAGGCUCAAGUGCCUUAUAAAGGUGUUACCAGAAUUUCCAAAGAAGAGAUGGAACAAGAUGAGCAAGGAUGUUAUAGAGGAAAGGAUGAAGAUGCUAUCUAUCUACCUGAAGUUUGUGUGUGAUCAGAUUCUUAAGGGAGGAAAGGGUGUGGAGAAGAUUGAGGCAGACGUUGUGGCCUUUGUGCAGGGAAAGGACUCUAAGACUUCAAGUUAA